UGGGGGGUUCCUGCAUUUUCUCCGGAUUUUCCUUAAAAUUUUAAAGUGUUUUCAUCACAUAUCUCUUUCUGUGUGCUUUAUUAGCCAGAUAAAUUGAUAUUCUCACGAUUUAUCUGGAAAUUAAGCCGGAAAACGUUUCGGUUGGCUGACUGUCAAGUUGACCGCCACUCUGAGGGUUUUGGCCUCAAAACAAGUCAACGCGCCUCAAAGUUUUCUUGCAAAAAUGUCAGCUUCAGAGACUCCGGAGCAGCAAGACUACGAAAAGAAUGUGGUAAGUCUGUUCAAGAUCUCAGACGACCUGAAGGAUGACAUAGUCUAUUGCCAGAAAGUGCUGAGAGACUACAUUAAAGUGCAUCAGAUAUGCGCCCUUCGGAUGGUGAAAAAUGCACUGAGCAGGAAGCUCCUGGCGGCCCUGAAGCAUAUUGAGAAUGCCAUCCGGGACUUGAUGAAGGAUCAGCGAGAGUUGAUUCAGCGACUCCGUGAUGACAUCGAGAAGUACCACUCCACGUGUCCAAUGAGUGACACUCCAUUGGACACAAAUCUCUACAAUGCGUAUCUCUCGAAGCAUCUCUAUUAUCACUUCGAGAGCACAUACCAGACAAUUGAGCCUGUGAAAGUGCGGCGACGCUUCACGGACGUGGAGCUGAUCAGGAAGUAUGAUUUAGAGCAUCCACUGGGCUUGGCGCCUGCACAGAGCAGACCGAUGAUUCUGCUGAAGCCCAAGAACCCGAGAAUGUCCUUCAGCAGCGACACUUCCCGCGGCGUUCGCGUGCCGAAGCUCAAGCAGAAGCGCAAGAAGAUGCGCAACAAGAAUCAGUACUUCCGCGGCGGGAAUGCCGUGAAGCGGAGUCGCAUGAAGUUGCUGGCGGCGCUGAAGAAUGCCAAGACGAUGCGCGAGAAGCAAUUGUCACCACCGCGAGGCCUGAAGGAAGAGAGCGACACAGAGACUUCGCCCAGCAACUCGCACUCCUCCGUGGCGCCAUCGGAGGAGGAGCAGUCGCUCAUGCCGUUUGUGCAUCUGCCGCCUGAACCGCCAGAGCCAGAUAACUACAACCAAGAGUCCUUCCUGCGCUUCUUCGGCCUGUACACGCACUCGUACAACGAGACGCUGAAGAACCGCCGUCCGGAGCGCCGGAAGCGCAACAUCCAGAGCACAGAGCGCACGGACUUCCAUUACGACUACCACGACAUCGUGGCUGCGCGGACUGUGCGCGGCAGACGGCAGCUGCACUGGAAGAAGAGGGUGUCCAACGAGGAGAAGGCGGCGUCCGCUCCGCAGAGCCGCUCCUCCACCACGUCACCCGUGGAGGCCGCUCAGCCGGCGCCGACGUGCGUCAUCUGCUCGCGCCCCGGAGAACACCAGCUGAAGUCCUGCAACUUCUGCACCAACCUCUUCCACGUGAUCUGCCACGAUCAGGCGUACGACACGGCUGACUACCGUCCGGGCGAGUUCGUCUGCCCAUCCUGUAUGGAAGUGAGGAAGCGCAUGGAGCCAGACUGCUGAUGACCGGCAAAGAAUUCCACACGCAAAGUGCUUU